AUGAAAAUCAAAGAAAGUUGUUUUGCCACAGAGAGAGAGAGAGAGAAAAGAGAGAGAAAGAAGCGAUUAGUGAAAGAGAUAGAGAGAGAGAGAGCUUGCGUGAGUGGAGGAGUGUGUCAAAGUGCAGAGGAACGCCACAACUCGGAGAAUCCCAAAAAGCGUUGCUCUUUCCUCUUCGUAGUCAUCUGGAGACCUGAAGGAUAUGAACUCUACCAAAGGUUACCAGAGGAACUACAUGAAGAAGUUGACCAAGAGAUUCAUCGUGACUUAGAGAAGUGA